AUGGCUUCCACUUGCGUGAGCCAUGAUGCGCUGACCGGAUACACACCUGCCCACGACCUGGCCUUCUUGGAGGGCCAGCAGAGAACUCCAGCCAUUCGUGGGCUGCUGUACAAGGAUAGACAUGAGAGGCCGCAACGAGAUGCUCACGUGAAAUGGGAUGAGCAGUGUAUCGCAGAGCACGACAAGGAGCGUGGCACUCGCCAAAAGAUCGACGAGCCUGAUACUCCUUUCGUGCGGAGCCCUCAAACUUCGGAUAGUGAGGAAGACGCCUUUGUGCCGGCAGCUUCCUCAAGACGGACAGCCGCUGGCGAGGCCGGCGUGGCCGGCCAGGCUGGCGAGGCUGAGGAGCCGGUGCCUGACGAGGAAGACGACGAGACAAGGAUCGCCACAUCGCCAAAAUCGAUGGCCAUGCUGGCAAAUCGUCUCAGCAAGUGGGUUGAGAGCGGCGAGAGGCGUGAGUCUCGGAGCAGCGGAUCGGAAGGGGAGAUGGUGGGCAAGACCUCUGAAUCGAGCGAGGCGUCCAGGCCUGAGACCAAAAGUGUCCCAAGCAAGAUCCGCCUCCCGGAGGAGCAAGGUCACCAGAAAGCCUCGUCAUCUGAAUUCAAGGCAAGACGAGCAAAGCACUACAAUGAGUUCGCGGCAAUGAAGGCUUUCCGAAAGAAGAAGACUGACAGCGACAGCAGUGCCGAGUCUGACACCUCAGACGAGGACGCUGCCGCUGCCAAAAGGGAAAGGAAAGCCCGGAAGCAGGCGCUAGCUACGGAGGGCGGUGAAAAGGGCAAAGCAGAUGGCAUCACUUCCAGAGCAGGUAUGCGCGAAGGCGACCCACAGGAGUCGUCCGGUGUGCCUGGUGAGGAUAUCGAGGCAUCUUGCUCGCCCGGCAGAGCCCUUCCAAACCCCAUGGAAGGUGGUCGCCCUCCAGUACAAUUCGGAGAGGACGCGGCCAAAGCCGAAGGCUCUUCGCUGCCGUCAUCCGAGUUCCUGGCGCAGCGACGCGCGCACUAUGACGAGGGAGCCGCUCUCCGCUGUCGGACGCCUCCUUCCCAGGACGGAGCCAGUCCUGGAGGUGAUCUAGUCAAGUCGGUGGCGAACUUCGCGAACCCCAUGGACCCUACCGAGGCGUCCGGAGAAGCCGCCGUGAGCUUCAAGGUGGACAGCCUUGCUGGUGGUCAUCAGGGAGGUGGUGGCAAUGAUGCAUGGAGGUCGAAGCGCAACGCGCACUACCGCGACAUGGCAGCAGCCUUCCGCUCAAAGCCCUCCGUCUCUGAUGCCAGUGACAGUGAGGGCAGUUCGUGA